AGUGGAGAGGAAGAUCUACGUCUCCUUAAAUAGAACAGCUCCCUGUGUCCGGCUGCUCAAUGCUACGCAUCAGAUUGGCUGUCAGUGGCAAAAGGAGUGAAGAUCCGGGAAGGCUCCUGAGGCCAAGCGAAUCUACACACAUGUUUUCACAAAGGAAGAUUCAAAGCUAGAGCUCCAAGCUAGAGACCUAGAGCCUGCCAUUGCCUGGAGAAAAUACAGCCUCCAUUAGUGGGGACACAGGGGUUAUCCAUGUAGUGGAGAAAGAAGAGGACCUGCAGUGGGUAUUGACUGAUGGCCCCAACCCACCUUACAUGGUUCUACUGGAAGGCAAGCUCUUUACCAGGCCUCUGAUGGAGAAGCUGAAAGGGAGAACCAAGCGAAUUGCUGGUCUUGCAGUGUCCGUGGCCAAGCCCAGUCCCCCUGAGGGCUUCUCUCCUAGUGGGCAGUGCCCCAAUGAUGGGUUUGGAGUUUACUCCAGCUCAGAGUUUGCUCACUGUAAAGUUGUACAGUGGAAUCCACUGGGGAAUGGCUUGGCGUAUGAAGACUUUAGUUUCCCCAUCUUUCUUCUUGAAGAUGAAAAUGAAACCAAUGUCAUCAAACAGUGCUAUCGAGAUCACAACCUGGGUCGGAAUGGCUCAGCGCCGGCCUUCCCACUGUGCGCCAUGCAACUUUUCUCGCACAUGCACGCCGUCACCAGCACGGUCACUUGCAUGCGGCGCAGCUCCAUCCAGAGCACCUUCAGCAUCAACCCAGAAAUCGUCUGUGACCCUCUAUCUGACUACAAUGUCUGGAGCAUGCUUAAGCCUAUAAAUACAUCUGGGACAUUGGAGCCUGACGACAAGGUUGUGGUUGCUGCCACCCGGCUCGACAGCCGUUCCUUCUUCUGGAAUGUGGCCCCGGGGGCCGAAAGCGCUGUGGCCUCCUUCGUCACCCAGCUAGCUGCAGCUGAAGCUCUGCAGAAGAUACCCUCUGUGGCCACCCUGCCCCAUAAUGUCAUGUUUGUCUUUUUCCAAGGCGAAACUUUUGACUACAUUGGCAGCUCUCGAAUGGUCUACGAUAUGGAGAAGGGCAAGUUCCCUGUGAAGUUAGAGAACAUUCACUCCUUCGUGGAGCUGGGACAGGUGGCCUUAAGGACUUCACAGGACCUCUGGAUGCACACAGACCCCAUGUCUCAGAAAAACGACUCUAUAAAGAACCAGGUGGAGCAGCUCCUGACCACACUGGAGACCGUCGGUGCUGGAGUCCCUGCUGUUGUCCUCCAGAGGCCGAGACAGUCGCAGCCGCUCCCGCCGUCUUCUCUGCAGCGGUUCCUCCGAGCUCAGAACAUCUCUGGAGUGGUUCUCACGGACCACUCUGCUGCCUUUCAGAACCGCUAUUACCAGAGCAUUUAUGACACUGCAGAAAACAUCAAUGUGAGCUACCCUCCCCACCUGAGCCCUGAAGAGGAUCUCGACUUUGUGACAGACACUGCUCAGGCCCUGGCAGACGUGGCCACGGUGCUGGCACGGGCACUGUAUAGACUCGCGGGAGGAAUCGCUUCCGUCGACUCAAUUCGUGCUGAUCCCAAAACGGUUAACCGCCUGCUCUUUGGGUUCCUGGUGAAAGCCAAUAACUCCUGGUUCCAGUCUCUCAUCCGGCAGGACCUGAAGCCCUACCUGGGCGGCGGGCCUCUUCAACAUUACAUCGCUGUCUCGAGCCCCACCAACACCACUUAUGUAGUACAGUAUGCCUUGGCAAAUUUGACUGGCACGGUGAUCGACCUGACCCAAGAGCAAUGCCAGGACCCAAGUAAAGUCCCAAAUGAAAACAAGGAUCUCUAUGAGUACUCGUGGGUUCAGGGCCCUCUGAAUUCCAAUGGGACGAGCCGGCUCCCCCACUGCGUGCGUUCCACGGCCCGCCUGGUCAGGGCCUUGUCACCUGCCUUUGAACUGAGGCAGUGGAGCUCUACUGAGUACUCGACAUGGACCGAGAGCCGCUGGAAAGAUAUCCGGGCCCGGAUAUUUCUGGUAGCCAGCAAAGAACUUGAGUUUAUCACGCUGAUGGUGGGCUUCGGCAUCCUCAUCUUCUCGCUCAUCGCCACCUACUGCAUCAACGCCAAAGCCAAUGUCCUUUUCCUGACUCCGCGGGAGCCGGGGGCCGUGUCUUACUGAGGACGACUGCUGCUUUCCUGCCGCCUCCACUGUUCACUUCCUGUGUGGCUUGUCCCACUGGGACCCAAGUCCCUAGUCUGUCACUGGAACUUCUCUGGGCCUGACUCAGACUACGACCCCUGUACAGGACUGGCACUGUCCAAAAGACACAAGGAGAGAGAAAAGCAAGCCCCCCCCCCCCCAUCUCCUACUUCCUCCUUUGCUGCCCCUUCCUGUUCCUGGGUCUGCUGGGAGAAUCUCCUGACUCCUGUUGGACUCCCUGGUGCCCGUCUUAGGAUUGCUCCUAUUCAGGGCCUCUUCUCUGCUAUUUGUGUCCUGUCCGCUACUACCCACUGCUUCCCCCACACCCCCAUUCCCUGCACUCAGCCGCCCUCCUGCCUCGGAAGAAGGAGGGCACGACGGGUUGAGUGCCAGGAUCCGAGUCUCGAACUGUGAGGAACCUCUGAGGAGGUCCACUGGGGCCGAGCCUGAUGCCUCCUCCCGGUCGCCCUUCCUACAGGCCCUCAGACGACACCUCAGGGUGGGCGUGCUGCUGGGUGGGUAUCCCACCUCCAGCCCACUGUGGUCAGUUGUACUUUUUAUUAAGCUGUAAUAUCUAUUUUUUGUUGUUUUCUCUCUCUCUCCUUUUGUAAAUAUAUAAAUAACGCGUUUCAUUAAAAUAGAUUGUCCCAUA